AUGGGAGGCAACCAGUCAUGGUUCCCAGAUUUCAUCCUGGUGGGAUUUCAGCUCAGUGCAAAACUGGAAGUCUUCUUCUUCUGCAUCUGUUGCCUGUUAUACAUGUCAAACUUGUUGGCGAAUGGCAUGAUCUUGGCACUCAUUUGGCUGGACCCCAGGCUGCACUCACCCAUGUACUUCUUCCUGUCUCAUCUGGCCGUCAUUGACAUAUCCUACGCUUCCAGCAAUUUGCCCAAAUUGCUGGAGAACCUAAUAAGACACAAAAACACGAUCUCCUUUGUUUCUUGUGCUAUGGAGAUGGUCUUAUAUUUGGGCUUUGCUUCUACAGAGUGCAUGAUCUUGGUGGUGAUGUCCUAUGAUAGAUAUGUGGCUAUCUGCCACCCCCUCCAAUACACUGUUAUCAUGAGUUGGACAAAGUGUAAGGUCCUGGCCAUCAUUUCCUGGUCCUGUGGUUUUUCAGUGGCCAUAGGAAAUCUAAUUUUCUUCCUGAGACUUCCUUACUGUGGGUCCCAGGAGAUAAACCACUUCUUAUGUGAAAUCCUCGCUGUCCUAAAGGUGGCCUGUGGUGACACUUCACUCAACAGAACAUUUGUCUUUGCUGGAGGUGUGUUCAUCUUAGUUGGACCCCUUUCCCUAAUGCUCGUUUCCUAUAUGCACAUCCUCUGGGCCAUCCUGAAGAUCCAGUCAAAGGAUGGUCGCAAGAAAGCUUUCUCCACCUGUUCCUCCCAUCUCUGCGUGGUUGGGUUCUACUUUGGAAUAGCCAUGACGGUGUAUCUGGUCCCAGACAAUGGUCAGCAUGAUGAGCAGAAUAAAAUCAUUUCUCUUUUCUAUACCCUCUUCAAUCCGCUGCUGAACCCUCUUGUCUACAGUCUGAGAAAUGCGCAGGUGAAGGCUGCCUUCAAGAAAGUAUUGCAGAAACAGAGGACUUUAUAA